AUGAAGUCUGUGGAUGCCAUUAACAGUACCGCCAGGCUUAAUAACCCCCAUGCACUUAUUGCAUUGCUGGAUUUCGAAUUCAAGACGCCAGCUGGCACUCUCAAUCGCGUGGAUUGCAUGCAUGUCAUUCUGGAAGGACUGUACCAAAAUGACUUUUGCGAUAUGCGUAGACUAGAGAGUUUGGGUGCUGCUUCAGAUCAAGCGGCACUGUGCUGGCACUUUGAGCCAGUCAAACUCAUCCUGGUGCACAUCAAAGGAAUUUUAGCAGAUUCGGUUCCACACGACAGGUCAUGUCUGAGUCCUGCACUUGUGAACGCAGCGCGGCCGUUUGAAUUCAUCGAGAUCCUCCUUGCGCGCGGUGCAGAUGUCCAGACCAUUGCUUCAGAUGGGCGCACGGUAUUCCAUAACACGGCACACAACGGCGACGCCGACGUCGUGAGGACCAUGACUGAGCGCGGUGUGAAUAUUUGCACUGUCAAAUUCGAUGGAGAAACUGCAUUGCAUUCCGUCUGCGACUUUUCGCGGGAUCACGGCCCCAAGAUGGCCCAAACGCUCGCUAUCAUAACCAUGCUUCUCGACCAUGGUGCCAACAUCAACGCCUGA